CUCCACAGGCUGCAGCAUCACAACGAGCCGGCUCGAUCUACAACACGGAUGUUAUUUUAUCCUUUGUAUUUAUUUAUUUACAUUUAAUUAAAUAAUUUGUAAAUAUUCGCAUUUAUUUAUUGACCCGCAAACGGUCACCCCGCGAAAUUUGAAUUUAAAUAGUUAGUGUAUUAAAUUUAUAUAUUAAUGACAUUCUUAAUUAAAUUUCUGUAAUUAACAGAGAUUUUAAAAUUUAAUAACGUGUUAUUUUAUCAUUAAUUAGAUAAACUGUGAUUUGUAAUAAGUAUAUUUUAUGUUAAAAUGUUUUAUGAAUUUUGGAAAUUAAGAGGGAAGUGAUCUGUUUUAAAAGAGGUUUUGUGAUAUGUUAACCGAGGACAAUGACCCAACAAAACCGGCAGGGGUUUUAGACAAUACUGGAAAUGUUUCGUCGUCGACGGAAAGUACGGGCCAACACCCUCGGGUUAACAAUGAAACUGAAGUGAAGAAUGAGGUACAAGACUGCCCGGACAAUGAAAAUGUACCAGGCAGUGAAUUGUAUGUCGAUGAAAAUAUUGAAGAUAAAGAACAGGAGUAUCCUGAUUCUAUGGAAAAGUCUGACUAUAGUACUCUAUAUGGAGCUAAUCAGUAUUACAACAGUUUGUAUAAUUCUCCAAGUUAUGGAUCAGUUACGAAGAAUUCAUCAAGCUUACAAAGCUCUUAUUUAAGUUCAUACACAACACCAAGUCCAAUGACACAGUAUGCCUCCUAUCCUGGUUACAACAGCAGUAGUUCAACCUUUUCACCAGUUGGACAAAACAUAUCCUCGGCGUCACAAAAAUUAGACUACAGCGCGUACAGCAGCACCUGCCUCUACGGAAACGAUCGAAUGCCGCUUCAGUAUUCCGGAUAUUAUCCAGUGCCAGGAUAUCAUACGACGUCAUCGUCAUUCAAUCUCGGAAACCUUAAUUUUACAGAUUCAAAUAAAGCGAGCAGUCUUGUGCUAGACUCGGCAGCUCAUGAUAUCAAUGACUUGACGACGCGCGAUGCAAUAGAAGGUAAAAAUAAGAAAAAGAUGGAUAGAACAAGCGCAUCAGCGAAACCCUGUAGACGCGGAAGACGUCAGAGCGGAAGCGGAAACAGUAUUGGAUCUGCGGAUACUACUGAAGGCGGUACGGAUCGUAUAUUCAUAUGGGAUCUUGAUGAAACCAUAGUUGUGUUUCAUUCCCUACUCACUGGACAGUUUGCCACCAAACAUGGCAAGGACCCAGCGUUGUUAGCACAGCUGGCGUACAGGAUGGAAGAAAUGAUAUUCAAUUUGGCAGACACACAUUUCUUCUUCAAUGACGUUGAGGAUUGCGAUCAAGUUCAUAUAGAUGACGUAUCAUCAGACGACAACGGCCAAGAUUUGUCAUCGUACAAUUUUUCAGCAGAUGGAUUUCAAUGUGCGUCUGCAAAUAAUGGAAUUUGUUUGGCUUCCGGCGUACGCGGCGGUGUCGAUUGGAUGCGAAAGCUGGCCUUUCGUUACAGAAAAAUAAAAGAAACAUACAGCAAUUGUAGAAACAAUGUAGGCGGUUUAUUGGGAGCUAAACGCGAACAGUGGUUACAAUUGAGAUCGGAGAUUGAACUUCUAACUGAUAACUGGCUUACAUCCGCAGUUAAGUGUCUCAGUCUCAUCAGCAAACGCAGCCACUGCGUAAAUAUACUUGUAACAACUACACAACUUGUUCCAGCAUUAUCUAAAGUAUUAUUAUUUGGAUUGGGAGGUCUUUUUCCUAUUGAAAAUAUUUAUUCAGCAACUAAAAUUGGAAAAGAAAGUUGUUUUGGUCGUGUGGUAGCUAAAUUUGGAAGGAGAUGCACUUAUGUAGUUAUCGGCGAUGGUUCUGAUGAAGAAACCGCAGCACGAGCGCACAAUUUUCCAUUCUGGAGAAUAAACAGUCACUCGGAUACCCAAGCUCUCUAUAAUGCUCUAGAAAUGGGCUUUCUUUAAUACAAAAAAAUAUUCAAAGACAAGGAAAAAAAAUUAUAAAUCGUCGUUACAUCUCAACUUAUCGUCAUUCCUAAUUAGCAAUUAGUUAAUAAAAUAAAUAACAAAACUUAAUUACAUAAAAUAAUAAUAAUUAAUUCGCGUCCCUAAUGCCAAAAAGGCAUAUGCUGUAUAUAGAUCUACCAUAAGAGCUAAAAAGGCAUAUACAUUUUUUUUUUGCUCAAUCGCUUAGAAAUUAUUUGAAAUGAAUAUUUUGAUAAUAAAAAAAAAUUUUAACCAAAAAGGCCUAUAAAAAUACAUAAGCCUUUUUGCUUUUUGGUACAAUGAUCAUUAAUGCCAAAAAGGCAUAUAAACAAAAAAAUAUAUUACCAUAAAAUUAAACCCGUGAAUUCGAAUUUAAAUAUACUAAGGGAAAAAAUUGAAGUAAAAAAAAAUUUCAAAAUUUUUCGGUAAGUUUUGAGUAGCUGUAUUUAUGUGAAUAAUGGUCGCAUCGUGAAUUAAACAAAAAACAAAAAAAAAACACUUUGAAGCUUCAAGAUUCUAGAGUUCAGAUUUUUUGGUGAAAACUUUUUAGGGGCGACUUAUCGCUUUAGAAUCACAAAAUUGAUUAAAAAGACAAAAUUUUAAAUAUUAAUGCCAAAAUGGCCUAUAACAGCAAACAUAUCCCUAUUUGGCAUUAAUUUAAUUUUUAAUUUUUUAGUUAAUGCUAAAAAAGGCGUAUAAAUAAGAAAUCAAUAAAAUAUUAAAUUGAUUCAUUUUAAUAUCUAUUGACAUGUAUACUAGGGUGGGCCGAAAAUCCGCUUUUUUUAAAUUUUUAUUAUUAAUACCAAAAAUAUUUUUCCGUGUACAAAAAAAAAAUUUUUCGGAAAUCAAAAAAAAUUUUAGGUCGAUAUCUUAGGCUCGCUAAAUCCCGCUAAAGUUAGAAGUUGUUUAAAAUUUUUUUUCCAACACAUUUUGAUCGGAAAUUUAAUUCUCUACAAAAAAGGUCCUUUAAUAUAAUUACGUACAGUUGAUAGUUACUGAGAUAAUUGCAAUUUUGCUCUAAAAAAUGAAAUUCUUCAAGAUAUUAUUACUUUUUCAGGGUAAAAAAUAAAUUUUAUCAUAAAAAUUUCGUCGGAAAUUCAAUUUUCUACAAAACAGACCUAAUAAAAAUUUAUUCAAAGUUGAUAGUUACAAAGAUAAUAUACAAUUCUUGGUGAAAACCACCAAAUAACGAGAAAUGUGACUAUCUAAACAUAAAACUGCCAGUUUCUGAAUAACUAUAAAUUUCAAGUUUUUACCAGAAGACCAAUUUUGUAAGAAAUUUGAUUUUCCAUGAAAUUUAUAUGAUAAAAUUCAUAUUUUACCCUGAAAAAGUGAUAAUAUCUUGAAAAAUUAUAUUUUCUAGAACAAAAUUGCAAUUAUCUCAGUAACUAUCAAUUUUACGUAAUUUUAUUAUAGGACCUUUUAUACAGAGAAUUAAAUUUCUGAUCAAAAUAAGUUGGAAAAGAAUUUUUAAACAACUUCUAACUUUAACGGGAUUUGGCGAGCCUAAGAUAUCGACCUAAAAUUUCUUUUGUUUUCCGAAAAUUUUUUUUUUUGUACAAAGAAAAAUAUUUUUGGUAUUAAUGAUGAAAAUUCAACAAAAGCGGAUUUUCGGCCCACCCUAAUGUAUACUAUAACAAAAUAAAAAACUUUUUAAUCGUCAUCGCCACUAUCUACAUAGAUCAGCUGUAUGCUGAAGUACUACAGCAUCAGUAAGUGAAUACACCAAUUUAAUAACCCUUUAUGAUUCAGGAGAUAUUUUAAUGAAAUACAAUGAGUUUUAUAAAAAUUUACCACACAACGCUGGUAAAUGUGACGGAAUUUAAUUUAAUUAUUAUUUUAAAUAAAAAAUAAGGUAAAAAGUUUUUCACUAAUAAUACAUUCGGUCUUUUUUACAGCAGAUAUUGAUGAUAACGACGAUGACUAUGAUAAACGAUUAUUUUUGUACAAUAUGCGGGUUAAUAAAUUUUAUUGAACCAAUUUAAUAUUUUAUUGAUUUUUUAUUUAUACGCCUUUUCGGCAUUAACUAAAAAAUUAAAAAUAAAAUUAAUGCCAAAAAGGCAUAUAUAUAUAUAUAUAUUUGCUGUCAUAGGCCAUUUUGGUAUUAGUAUUUUAAAUUUUGUUUUUUGAUAAAUUUCGUCACUCUGAAGCGAUAAGUGCAUUUAAAAAAAAUUAUAUGCCUUUUUGGUAUUAGGGACGCGAAUUAUUAAUUAAAUAAGUAGACAAUUUAGUGUAAAGUCGAUCAUCGUAAAAAAUUAAAAUAUGGCCAAUAAUUAAAUUUAUUUAAUGAUCGAUUUAUAUUCAGGGUCCACGAGUGUUUAAAUAAAUAAAAUAUAAAAUUUAGAAAAAUUAAAUUAAACAUGAUAAUUAAUUAUUAAGCUAAAGUAUUUAAGUGGAAAAAUUUUAUCUAUUGUAUUUUAAAAGACUACUGUCAAUUGAUAUAUUAGCGAGCUUCUAUAUGUGUAUAGAGAUUAUAAAUUACAUUAAUAAGAAUAAUUAUCAUGAUAGAAAAAAAAAAUGAUCUUGAAUGUACUUAAUAAUGAAAAUAAGAUAUGAGUGCAACGAAUUUUUUUUUAGUAAUUAAAUUUUUUAUAUUAAAUUCUGAUGAUACUCAAGUUAGCCGACGUCUAAUAAUUUUUGGAUUUUUUUAAAAACAAAAUAU